UAUUAGAAGCUAUGCACGAAGAGAAUUCUCAAAGGACACAAGUCUUUUUGAAUCCAUCUGUAACAAACGUUGAUUACGGAGACAUGGUUACACAAGUCGAAGUGCUUAAGCUGCAGAUACAGAUAUAUGAAGAAGACUUUAAAAGAGAAAGAGCUGACAGAGAAAGGUUAAUGGAAGAGAAAGAUACUAUAUUGGAAACCAAUAAGAAGUUGCAGACCCAGCUCAGUAAGACAAGUAACAAGCCAGAUUACCAGUGGUAUGUUCCAGGACAGCUUCCUCCAGAUGUGCGGCAGAAGGAGAAUGGUUCUUCAUUAACGCAUGAUUAAAAUGUUAACUAACUCAAUAUUGUCCCCUGUACGGAUAACCUCUGAAGCCUUAUGAAGACAAACAUUUCGAAGAGGUGAUAGAUGCUGAGGUGGUGCAUGUCAUUCUUAAAGAUUAGACAUUUUUUCUUCUAUGAUUCCAGAAUGAAACUCAAAGAAACUUGACAACACCCACAAGGAUAGAAUAUGAAAUACACUUGGUUUUCACUAAUUUGUGAUCAGUAAGGGAAUCUAGCACACAUAUCAACAUUACCAAUAUUUUAAUAUACUUAAUUUCAGAAUGCCUAACUGGAUUCUGGACUCUUUUUAUCCUCAGUAUGGAUGUCUUUCUUUGGCCAACAAUCCACUGUUUGACUUUUGCAGGACCACAGGCAUCAGCAAUAUGUAAAUGUGUGUGUGAAUUGUGAAGUACGUCUUUUGACAUUUUCAGUCAAGAUAUUUUAUUUGGUAGAAGCUCAACUUAAAAUGGGAAUAUUCUAUAAACUUAUUAUAAAGAUGUAGUAGUUCCCUUUCC